AUGUUUCGCGUUCUUCGUCAUGCGCUGAGACAAUACAGGCAGCCAUGCCUUGUCUCGUAUCGCGCACCCGCCAGACAUGCGUCGAGAGCUCGCAGACUGCCUCCAGUCGCGCCUCCACCGCCGCCACCGACCGUCGCUGCGCCGCCCAAGGUCCAGCUUCGCGAGUACCAAGAAGAGUGCAUCCAGGCCGUCCUCUCCUACCUACAGGCAGGUCACAGGCGCCUCGGAGUGUCUUUGGCCACCGGCUCGGGCAAGACGGUCAUCUUCACCCAUUUGAUCGACCGCAUACCCGCCGCUGGCGAUGCCACCCAGACGCUCAUCCUCGCCCAUCGACGUGAACUCGUCGAGCAAGCUGCCCGCCACUGCGCUCUCACCUAUCCCGACAAGCAUGUCGAUAUCGAAAUGGGCAACAACAGCGCUUCAGGGGCAGCAGACAUCACCAUAGCCUCUGUUCAGAGCAUUACAUCCGGCGACAGGCUGCACAAGUUUGACCCCUCACGCUUCAAGCUUGUUCUCGUCGACGAGGCACAUCACAUCGUCAGUCCGACCUACCUCGAGGUGCUGGAGCACUUUGGUCUGCGACAUGCGUCCGAUUGGAGCAAUGCCCAUGAUGUACCUGCCCUGGUCGGUGUGUCUGCUACUUUUUCCCGUUUCGAUGGCAGGAAGUUGGGAGCGGUCGUUGACCACAUCGUCUACCACCGUGACUAUGUUGACAUGAUUGAAGAGAACUGGCUAUCCGACGUCGUCUUCACCACGGUCGAGAUGAAAGCUGACCUGACCAAAGUCGGUUCUGGUGCCAACGGCGACUUCCAGACUGCUGCUCUAUCCAAGGUGAUCAACACAACUGAGACGAAUGAGCUUGUCGUAAAAGCUUGGUCCACCAAGGCAAAGGGCCGCAAAUCGACGCUCAUAUUCUGCGUCGAUCUAAGCCAUGUCACUAAUUUGACGACUAAGUUCCGGGAAUAUGGCAUCGACGCACAGUUCGUGACUGGCGACACGCCGCCAAAGAUCCGCAGCGCCAGGGUAGACUCGUUCCGAAACGGCGACUUUCCUGUCUUGCUCAACUGCGGUGUAUUCACUGAGGGUACUGACAUUCCAAAUAUCGACUGCGUGCUCCUUGCGCGUCCGACCAAGUCACGCAAUCUGCUCGUGCAGAUGAUUGGACGAGGUAUGCGUCUGCACAAGGGGAAACAGAACUGUCACAUCAUCGACCUGGUUGCUGCGCUAAGCACUGGCGUAGUUUCUACGCCUACCCUGUUUGGACUUGACCCUGGCGAGAUUGUCGAGAAAGCGGACACAAAGGCUAUGAACGAGAUGAAGGAGAGGAAGGAAACUGAAAAACUGCGUCAGGAGGAAGCCGCUGCUCUGAAGCACCGGACUCUCUCUCAGAAACUACCUGGCGCAAUUACCUUCACAGACUAUGACUCUGUCUACGAUCUCAUCGCUGGUACGUCGGGCGAUCAGUACAUUCGCAAAAUAAGUCAAUACGCCUGGGUUGGUGCUGGCGAAGGAAAGUUCAUCCUCACCACCAACAGCGGCAACUACAUUCUCAUUGAGCCUUCUGACACAGCUGAAGGCUGCUUCCGAGCCAAGUUUUACCGCAAGCUGCCUCGAAUUGAGACCAUCAAAAGCCCUUAUGCAGUUCCGCGGACCAUCGCGGAGGGCGAGUCUUUCGAGCAUGUCGUGCAUGCUGCAGACACCUUUGCCAAAGACGUAUUCGAGCACAUUUGGAUCGCAUGGAAAAUGCCAUGGCGUAAGAGCCCGGCCUCACAAGCCCAGGUUGAUUUCGUGAACAAGGGACGACCCAAGGAGGAUCAGCUGAAACCGUCAGACCUGACCAAAGGCAAGGCAGGCGAUAUGAUCACCAGACUCAAGCAUGGCGUGAAAGGCCGCUAUGCCAGGGCUUCGUCCAAAAUGCGAGGCGAGAUGCGGACUAAGCAACGUGCUCAAACCUUGCACGAGAAACUCUCUGGUCAGGUCCAGGUAGGACCGUUGUCAAACAUAUGA